UACCUCGCCCAGCACUGUCCCUCCGCGCGCGGCUAUUCGGCCGGCGGCGGCGCAUCGCGGGGCCUACGUUGGCCGGGGGGCCGGAUCCAGGCCGGGCCUGACGGGGGCUGGGAUGCCUCUAUUCUUCUCCUUGUUGUUGGCUUUCUUGUUGGUUGCGCUCAGCGCCCUCUUCCUAGGCCGGUGGCUUGUGGUCAGGUUGGCCACCAAGUGGUGUCAGCUAAAGCUGCAGGCGGAACUAAAAAUUGGCUCCUUUUUUUGGAUCCAGAAUGUUAGUCUUAAAUUUCAACAGCAUCAGCAAACAGUGGAAAUUGAUAGCCUGUGGAUUUCCAGCAAACUCCUUAGCCAUGAUCUACUACGUUAUGUGGCUUUGUGCUUUGGAGAAGUGUGUAUCAGAACGGACCUACAGAAGGUUUCUGGCCUGUUUGCCCCAUUCUCCCAGAGCACUGGGGUGCAUCAGAAGGAGCUGUCCUUCAGCCCAUUCUUAUUGAAGAUUUUCUGCCAGCUAUUCUCCAUUCAUGUAGAUUCCAUAAACAUCAUGGUUCUCAAGGUGGCUACUUCUGAGUCUUUGUGGCAUAUUCAGAUCAGAGAAAGCAGCUUUCUUUUGGAUAGUGAUGGGAAAAGGCUAAAAUGUGAGGUGAGCCUAAGUCAGAUCAACAGCAAAGUUCUAAAGAGUGGCCAGCUGGAGGACACCUGCCUGGCAGAGCUCUCACUGGCCCUAAAGCUGUGUCUAGAAGUGGGCAUCAGCGGUCGGCAGCUGAAGGCAGUCACUGUGGAUGUAUGGACACUCCAUGCUGAACUGCAUGAGGGCCUCUUCCAUAGUCAGCUGCUGCGCCAGGGCCCAAGCCUGGCACCCAAGUCUGUUCCUUGUUCAGAGGUGACAGAGAACUUGGCUGAGCCAACUCUGCCUGGCCUGUACCUCCUUCAGCAGCUGCCAGACCAAGUCAAGGUGAAGAUGGAGAUCACAAGUGUGGUGCUGUCCAUGAAUAGUCAAAAGAGGUACCUGAAUGGGACACUGAAGCUGCUGCAUUUCCUGUACCACCGUGAUGAGGAUAAGCUGCCCCUUCGAGGCUUCACAGCAAACUCUGAUAUGGCACAGAUGAGCACUGAACUCCUACUGAAAGACGGGUUGCUGCUAUCUCAGAGCCGCCAGCGCAUUGUCUGCCUCAGCUCCCUCAAGGCCAGUGUGCAGGUGACGACGAUUGACCUCUCGGCCUCCCUGGUUCUAAACACUUGUAUUAUUCAUUACCGGCACCAGGAAUUCUCUCACUGGCUGCACAUGCUUGCCCUGGAGGCACGAGGAUCUAGUUCAUCUCUUAAGCAAAGAAAAAAAAGAAUCUUCCCCCAAAUCCUUGCUCCUGUCAUCUUUAGCACCUCAAUCUCCAAUGUCAACAUUUCCAUUCAGCUUGGAGACACACCGCCUUUUGCCUUGGGAUUCAAUUCCAUCUCUCUGGAUUACCAGCACUUGAGGCCACAGAGUAUCCAUCAGCGGGGUGUCCUGUCUGUGGACCACCUCUGCUGGCGGGUGGGUAGUGAUUCCCACAUUCAGCGAGCAUCCCACCCACCCAAUAUGCAUGUUUGGGGUGAGGCGCUUGUCCUGGACUCGUUCACACUACAGGGUAGCUAUAACCAGCCACUGGGACUGUCCAACACCCAGUCAGAUACCCUCUUUCUUGAUUGUACCAUCCGAGGACUGCAGGUAGAAACAUCAGAUACCUGUGCCCAGUGUCUGUCUCGGAUCUUGUCCUUAAUGGGCCCACAGUCUGGAAAGUCAGCUGUCUCUAAGGCAUCUUCCUUUGGAGAAUGUGUGUCAUUACUGUGGAAGGUGGACUUGAAGGUGGAGGACAUGAACUUAUUCACCCUUUCUGCCCUGGUUGGUGCCUCCGAGGUUCGACUGGACACACUGACUGUCCUGGGAAGUGCUGAAACCUCCAUUGUGGGUAUCCAAGGACUUGUUCUUGCACUGGUGAAGUCGGUCACUGAGAAGAUGCAGCCCUGUUGCAAAGCUCCGGACAUCCCUGUGCCAGUGUUCAGUCUCUGCAUGCUUUCCAUCACCUAUCAUAGCAGCAUCCACUCUUUAGAGGUUCAGUGUGGAGCAGGGCUGACCUUACUCUGGAGUCCCCCAGAUCACAUGUAUCUGUACCAGCACAUCCUGGCCACCCUGCAGUGCCAAGACCUACUAAAAUCCACUCUUUUUCCCAAGACUGUGCCAUUCCUUGCACUAGACACCCCAGGGGUUGCUGCUGAGCCAGAAGACCAUCCCCCUGAGCAGUAUUCCCCAAAGCGGCUGCUAAACCUGACACUAGAGGUGAGCACAGCCAAGUUGACAGCUUUUGUUGCUGAGGACAAGUUCAUUACCCUGGCUUCAGAGAGUGUGUCGUUGAGCUGGCAUGGGUGUUCGCUGCAGGCUUAUUGCCCAGAGCUGGCUGCUGGCUUUGAUGGCAAUAACAUCUUCAACUUCAAGGAAGUGGAGGUACAGCUGCUGCCUGAGCUGGAGGAGAUGAUCCUUCACCGGAACCCCUUCCCUAUGCUACAGACCCUCCGGAACCGUGUUUGGCUCCUCUACCUGGGCUCAGUCUCAGUGGAGUUUCCUUAUCAGUAUGAUUUCUCUCAAACUCUGGAUGAGGCCAUGGGAGUUCAGAAAUGGCUGAAGGGGCUGCAUCGAGGAACUCAUGUUCAGGCCUCCCCAAGCUGUGCCCCACUCCCUCCUGAUCUACUCCUGAAGGUUCAGCAUUUCUCAUGGGUUUUUCUGGAUGACAUUUUUGAAGUGAAGCUUCGUGAUAACUAUGAACUGAUGAAGGAUGAAAGUAAGGAGAGUGCCAAAAGGCUGCAGUUGCUGGAUGCCAAAGUGGCUGCCCUUCGGAAGCAGCAUGGGGAGUUACUGCCAGCCCGCAAAAUUGAGGAACUCUAUGCUUCUUUGGAGCAUAAAAAUAUUGAAAUUUACAUCCAGCGCUCCCGUCGUCUCUAUGGCAACACACCCAUGCGCCGGGCACUGCUCACUUGGAGCCUGGCAGGGCUAGAGCUUGUGGCUCUGGCAGAUGCCUCCUUCCAUGGGCCUGAGCGUGUGGUAGAGCAAGUUAGAGAGCUUGAUCCAGGCAGCCCUUUUCCUGCCGAGGGAGUAGAUCUUGUCAUUCAGUGGUGUCGUAUGCUCAAGUGCAGUGUCAAGACUUUUCUGGUUCGGAUAAGAGACUAUCCCCGGUACCUGUUUGAGAUCCAUGACUGGCGGCUGAUUGGUCGACUUGUGGGCACUGAGCAGAGUGGUCAGCCUUGCUCCCGCCGGCGUCAAAUCCUGCACUUGGGGCUUCCAUGGGGUAACAUGGCAGUGGAGAGGAACAUGCUCCCACUCAAGUUCUACCAUGACUUCCGCUCGGAGAUCUUCCAGUACACAGUGGUGUGGGGCCCAUGCUGGGAUCCAGCCUGGACACUGAUAAGCCAAUCUGUGGACCUCUUGACCAAGCCCUCAGCUGACCCCAGCCCACCCUUGCCCUGGUGGGACAAAAGCCGUCUUCUGUUCCAUGGGGACUGGCACAUGGACAUUGAACAGGCAAAUCUGCACCAGCUGGCUACUGAGGAUCCAUACAACACAACUGAAAAUAUGCACUGGGAGUGGAACCACCUGUCUUUUCAUUGGAAACCUGGUCAGUUUGUGUUCAAGGGUGACUUGGAUGUCAACGUGAGAACAGCCUCUAAGUAUGACGACUGCUGCUUCCUUCAUCUUCCUGACCUCUGCAUGACACUGGACCUGCAGUGGCUAUGCCACGGAAACCCCCGGGAUCACUAUGGUGUCACUCUGCGGGCCCCAGAAUUCCUGCCUGAAGUGCCCUUAGGCCAGCUGUACGACUCCUACCGGGCCUUUCGCUCUGAGAAUCUCAAUCUUUCCAUCAAGAUGGAUCUGACUUGGCACAGUGGGACAAUGUCCCAGCCCCGAAUUCUGCUAUAUAGUAGUACCCUGCGCUGGAUGCAGAACUUCUGGGCAACUUGGACUAGUGUCACAAGGCCCAUCUGCAGGGGAAAGCUCUUCAAUAACCUGAAACCCAGCAAGAAGAAACUUGGUCAGCACUACAAACAGCUUUCCUACACUGCACUGUUUCCCCAGCUGCAGGUGCAUUAUUGGGCCUCUUUUGCCCAACAACGGGGCAUCCAAAUUGAGUGUAGUCAGGGCCACAUCUUCACUCGGGGAACUCAGCGGCUUAUACCUCAAGUGGGCACCGUGAUGCGGCGCCUCAUCUCUGACUGGAGUGUGAUGCAGAUGGUUAGUGACCUGAGUCAGGUGACUGUUCACCUGAUGGCCUCGCCCACUGAAGAGAAUGCUGACCACUGCCUUGAUCCCAUGGUGACAAAGACACACCUCCUGAGCCUGUCAUCCCUCACCUACCAGCGACAUAGCACUCGUGCUGCUGAGGAGGAUAUGUCUACUCGAGUUGGGGAUCCUGCCUUUUACACACACCAGCUGCACCUUGUAGAUUUACGGGCUUCAUGGACAACCACCAAUCGAGACAUUGCCUUUGGUUUAUAUGAUGGCUACAAAAAGGCAGCUGUACUCAAACGUAAUCUCUCUACUGAGGCCCUGAAGGGGUUAAAGAUUGAUCCCCAUAUGCCAGCCAAAAAGCCAAAGCAGAGUGUCCUGACCAGUGCCCCGGCCCCACCUCCUGCCAACACUCCCAGCUUUAGUGGACAGCCUGAUAAGGGGUCAUCAGGAGGUGUCUACAUGUUGCAGAAGCUGAUUGAAGAAACAGAUAGGUUUGUGGUGUUCACAGAAGAGGAGUCAGGUGUGAGUGAUCAGUUGUGUGGCAUUGCUGCCUGCCAGACGGAUGACAUAUAUAACCGAAACUGCCUUAUUGAGCUAGUCAACUGCCAGAUGGUUCUUCGUGGAGCAGAGACAGAAGGCUGUGUCAUUGUGUCAGCUGCAAAAGCCCAGCUGCUGCAGUGCCAACAUCAUCCAGCCUGGUAUGGUGAUACUUUGAAGCAGAAGACAUCCUGGACUUGUUUACUGGAUGGAAUGCAGUACUUCGCCACCACUGAAAGCAGCCCCACCGAGCAGGAUGGCCGACAGCUCUGGUUAGAGGUAAAGAAUAUCAAGGAACACCGGCAGCGUAGUCUGGACUCAGUGCAGGAGCUGAUGGAGAGCGGGCAGGCAGUAGGAGGCAUGGUCACCACCACCACAGAUUGGAACCAGCCAGCCGAGGCACAACAAGCCCAACAAGUCCAGCGGACUAUUUCACGCUGCAGCUGCCGGAUGUACUAUAUUAGUUACAGCCAUGACAUUGAUCCUGAGCUGGCAACUCAGAUUAAGCCACCUGAGGUUCAUGAGAACCAGGAAAAGGAAGAUCUCCUAAAGAAGCAGGAAGGGGCUGUGGAUACCUUCACCCUCAUUCAUCAUGAGCUAGAAAUCUCCACCAACCCAGCUCAGUAUGCCAUGAUCCUGGAUAUCGUCAACAACCUGCUGCUCCAUGUAGAACCCAAGCGGAAGGAACAUAGUGAGAAGAAGCAGCGGGUCAGAUUCCAGCUUGAGAUCUCUAGCAAUCCUGAGGAGCAGCGCAGCAGUAUAUUACAUCUGCAGGAGGCUGUGCGGCAGCAUGUGGCCCAGAUACGGCAGCUGGAAAAGCAGAUGUAUUCUAUCAUGAAGUCUUUGCAGGAUGACAGCAAGAAUGAGAACCUGCUUGACCUGAAUCAAAAACUUCAGUUGCAGCUACACCAAGAGAAGGCCAACCUACAGCUGGAAAGUGAAGAGCUUAAUAUCCUCAUCAGGUGUUUUAAGGAUUUCCAGUUGCAGCAAGCCAACAAGAUGGAGCUGCGAAAGCAGCAAGAAGAUGUGAGUGUGGUCCGUCACACUGAGUUCUAUUUUGCUCAGGCACGGUGGCGCUUGACAGAGGAAGAUGGACAGCUCGGAAUUGCUGAGCUGGAGCUGCAGCGGUUCCUUUACAGCAAGGUGAAUAAGUCUGAUGACACAGCAGAGCAUCUCCUAGAGCUGGGCUGGUUCACUAUGAACAACCUCCUCCCCAAUGCUGUCUAUAAGGUAGUCUUGCGGCCCCAGAGCUCCUGCCAGUCUGGGAGACAACUAGCCCUCCGCCUCUUCAGCAAAGUCCGGCCCCCUGUUGGGGGUAUUUCUGUUAAGGAGCACUUUGAGGUAAAUGUGGUGCCUCUCACCAUCCAGCUGACACACCAGUUCUUCCAUAGAAUAAUGGGCUUUUUCUUUCCUGGCCGAAGUGUGGAAGAUGAUGAGGUUGGUGAUGAAGAAGAUAAGUCCAAACUGGUGACUACUGGAAUACCAGUGGUUAAGCCUCGGCAGCUGAUUGCAGCAGAUGAUGCUGCACCCUUGGGCCCUGGGAAGGGUGUGGCACAGGGCUUGAAUCGGAGUUCUGGGGUCAGAAGAUCAUUUCGCAAAGCACCCGAGCACCCUGUGGAUGAUAUUGACAAGAUGAAAGAGAGAGCUGCCAUGAACAACUCCUUCAUCUACAUAAAGAUUCCACAGGUUCCACUGUGCUUCAGCUACAAGGGUGAGAAGAACAGUGUGGAUUGGGGUGACCUUAACUUGGUGUUGCCCUGUCUGGAGUACCACAACAACACAUGGACAUGGCUAGACUUUGCAAUGGCUGUCAAAAGAGACAGCCGCAAAGCCCUGGUUGCCCAGGUAAUCAAAGAGAAGCUAAGGCUGAAGCCUGCAACAGGGUCUGAGGUCCGGGGAAAGCUAGACACUAAAUCAGACCUCAACAUGCAACAGCAGGAAGAGGAGGAGAAAGCCCGACUCCUCAUCGGCUUAAGUGUGGGCAACAAGAACCCUGGCAAGAAGUCCAUCUUUGGCAGGCGCAAAUGAUGCGGCAAUCCACGAGUGGCUGCAGUACAGGAUCUGACUGGCUCAGGCCCCAGGGACUGUGGGGUGGGAGGUGCUUCCGUUCAUCCCAUCAGGAUCUGUGAGGGUCAGGAGCCCAAAGGAUACUGUGGAGAGAGGCAGUGUUCUUUAUCGGCUGGCCUCUUCCAAGCAGAACUUGGUGGAUAAUAAUUCUGAGCUCUACCUCACACUGAUCAGCAGGCCCAGGGCCAGAGAGGCAUUAAGAGAGCAAGACCCAGGAAAUGGGCCUAGGGCUAGUACCUGGUUCCCUUGGGGUCAACGGAAAAGGUGGGAGGACAGUUCUGAUCAAGUGUGAUGAAUUUUUAUAAAUAGACAUAUAUAUAUACAUAUAUAAAUAUAUAUUUCUAAAUGUAACUGCUCUUUCUCUGUGCCAGAAAGUUGAGGGGAAGGACUGAUUUGUACCCCCAUUCCAUUGCCUUGUACGGAAGAGUUACUAAGGUUCUAGGGGGAAUCAGCCUCUCCCCAGUCUGUGCCAAGCUCACUUGGGAGGAUGGCAAUAGGAACCAGGGCUAGCCAUGGAUUCCCCUUGGGAUAUGCCCUAGAGAAUGGUAAGAAAAUGAUUUAAAGAAAAAAUAUAUAUUUUAAAUUUGCUUUUUUUUUUUUAAUUGUGUCAAGUGCAUGGGUUCAACCUGUGUCCUUCCCUCCCUAUCAACACCUAAGAUACAUCCUUUAGUUGCCACUCUAAUGAAGGUGGCCUCUUCCCUCCUGCCUGAAGCUGUAUCACAGGUACUUCCCAGCUCUGGUGUGACACUGGCUCCAUGCUGAUAGGUCUCUGCUCAUUUCAGUUCUGGAUAAAAGCCUAUUAUUAACCAAGGCCUAGAGGAUUUGGGGAUAAAAAUGAGGUUUGGUUGCAUGCUUGCAUCUCUAGUCAUGAACAACAAGGAAGAGGCGGGGCCUGUAUAAUGCAGCAUCAGGAAGGAACUGCUUAUGUAACUGGGACAGCAGAUGUAGCAGAAGGGGAGAGGAGGCAGAGGCUGGGGAUGGGAGCACUGAGCUGUCGGCAGGGACAACACACCCAGGUGUCUGCUCCUCAUGAGGUGGGGUGUGGGGUCUGGCACCUGUUCAGGGGAGGUGAAGGAAGCGUGAGCUUGAAGCCCAGGAAGUGGAGCAUGUUAGUGAUGCCCUCCGGGGAGGGUGGGGUAGAGAGACUAUACCAUGAAAGUAUCUCAGCCCCAUACCAAAAGGCACAGGCGGAAUCUCCAAUGCUACAUGGGGAAAAUGUCCAAAUACUGCUUUCCUAGAGGAAUUGUAUCCAGAAAAUCUAGGCUUUGUCCCAAAACAAGGAUAGUGGCAGUUUUGCUUGGUACUCAAAAAUGUAUGUCUCCGGGGUGGCAUUUGAGAGAGGCUUGCUAAGAUGGACAGAACCUGAAAUGACUCAGGACAAAGUUUAGAGUGGCUCCCUUGGUUCUCAGCAGGGUGGUAACAUCCCAGGCCCCUGGUUCUGAGGCUGGAAGAGCCUCUGGUCAGGUCUGGGAGAGCAGUGGGGACUGCGGGGGUGUCCAUGCCUGUGCCUGGAGCCAGCCCCACUACUCGUGAAGAAGCCUCUGUCGGAGUGGCCAGUGCCUCAGUUCAUCAACCUCUUUCUGCCGGAGUUUCCACCUAGGCCUCUUGGGCAUCAGCAGCUGAAGGUAGGUCAAUGGAAUCCCGGGAAGUAGUCUGUCUUGGGGAGAAACCAGAAAGGACCAGAGCCUCAAGUGCCUUGUUCAUUUCUUUGUACAGAUUUUAGGGCUUGUGGCUAAAGGCUCCUUUGGAACUGUCCUCAAGGUGCUAGAUUGUGGUCAGAAAGCAGUAUUUGCAGUGAAGGUAGGGACCUAGGUACUCUUCGGCAUUAUUCUCUAGUCCCUAGCUCCAGUUGUGGUUCCACAGAUAACUAUGCAUUGUUUAUGCAUUGGUUGGGAGGCAUAAACAUUAACACUACUCCCCUUUAGGAGUCAUCACCCCUCUCCUUUUAUAGGUGAUGCCCAAGGUAAAGGUCCUACAGAGGGACACCCUGAGGCCGUGCAAAGAGGAAAUUAACAUCCAGGUACAGAGAGAGCCCUAGAGAGGAUUCUAGGAAGAACUGAAGCACAGGUGGAGAAAGCACCUUUCUUGUCCAGCUGUCCUGCUCCUUCCCCUCCCUCUGCUUCAGCCAAAGUAGAUCCUAGGAAAAAUAGUUAUUCUAGGCCUGCCACGGAAAUAAUCCAGCAUGUCCCAUUAUGUUCCUUACUAUUAUGCUGGUUCCAAAAUUAUGAGGCAGGCAGUCUCAGUCAUAAGUGAUUGACCUGAACUGAGAUGUGGGGCAGCUGCUCCCUUUCUGCAUAACUGGGUAAAUCCUGAGUUCUUGGCUGCCUUGGUCCUCAGUGAUCCUGUUCUUCCCUGACUUCCUGUUUUCUUCAUCCCUAGUGACGGAUCAACCAUCCUUUUGUACACAGUCUGGGGGACAGGUGGCAGGGAAAACGGCACCUCUUCAUUAGUGAGUGGCCUCUUCUCAUUCCCAAACGUCCUUCCACGUGGUACUCCCCACCUGAGAUUACCCAUUCCUGUGGCCUAUUCUGCCUUUGCUCUGUUGCAUUUCUCAUAGCACUUCUCUCUCCCAGAGGAAGAGGGACUAGCAGGUGGCAGCAGUUUGGGCAGGAGGCCUACAAUGCCUUGAGCCCAGGCACUACUGCCUAGAGUACUGAUGCUUUGCAGUGCGCAGCUACUGCAGUGCAGAUCUGCAGUCCCUGUGGUCCACUGUUGGCUGUUUUGCUGAGGCUUCCGUCCGCCUCUUUGCUGCUGAGCUGGUCCUGGUGCUGUGUAAGUGAAACAGGCAAUGGAAAUGAGGGAAGAAUCAAGGUGGGUCAGACAGAAGAGAAUUAGAGAAUUGAUACUAACUCUGGAGGUCAAAGGUCAGGGACAGGGAGGGGCCUACCAGGGAAACUGGAAAGGACAAGAGAGCUUCAGCAUACCUCAUGCUUGCUGUCAUCCACAGGCUAUCUCCAUGACUUGGGCAUCAUCCAUCGAGAUGUGAAGGUAGAGUUAAAUGCUUUUUGUCUGCAGAAGGGCCUCAGCGAGAAGCUCCAACAGGUCCAAGAAGGGAGUGGGGACUAAAGAGUUGACUUUGGGCUCCUCAUGGGUGCUAAGGAUUUGGGCAAGGGCUCUCCAAGUAUGGAUCUGAUUGUUGAGUAGGGCAUCUUCUUCAACUGGUGGAUAUACAUGAUGAAAAAGGGUUGAAAGAAAGAGGACGAGUAGUACCUUCUCAACUUAAUUUUUCAGAUGGAGAAUAUCCUUCUGGAUGAACGAGGUAAGUCCUUUUCUUUUCCUAGUCCCAGAGUGAAAGGAACCUCAGUUUGGGGUGGCUGAUGAGGGGGGAACGGAGUGCUGCUGUAGCCUUAUCUUUCAUAGGCUACCUGAAACUGACAGACUUUGGUCUGUCCUGCUACCUGCCCCAGGGAGCUCAAGCCUAUACUAUCUGUGGGUACUCUUCAGUACAUGGGUGAGAGAGUUGCUCAAGUUGCUGGGUAAACGCUGGGCAAGAGGAUAGCCAACAGAUGUCAAUGACAAGUAUCUUUCAAAUCUGUAGCCCCAGAGGUCCUGAGUGGAGGGCCUUACAACCAUACUGCUGACUGGUGGUCCCUGGGUGUCUUGCUCUUUUCUUUAGCAACUGGAAAGGUGAGAGAAUGGUAGUGAUGUUGGGCAGAGGAGAGCUUUGUCCUGUGCUGGGAAGAAGAAAGACCUUAGGUAAUCUUGCCUUAUUCCUACUAAGCAAUGACACGCCCCCCCCUUCCAUUCACUCAGUUCCCAGUGGCUGCAGAGAGAAAUCACGUAGCCAUGUUGGCAAGUGUGACCCACUAUGACUCUGAGAUGCCAGCUUCUCUUAACCAGGGCCUCUCUCGCCUGCUUCAUGAGGUGUGGCCUUUGACCCAGAGCUCCUACAGAAGCAGCCAGUGAACUUUGUCAUGGAGACACGAGCUACCCAGCCCAGUCCAUUGGAAUCCAUGCUCUUCAAGGACUUCGACUGUAACCUGGAGUCCUACCUGGGCCACCCUGGCCUUGCUUGAGCCACUCUACUGUAGGAAUCUGAGGAUCUCUUCCACUGCCAACCCAGUAUGACUACCUUGAUGAUGCAGUUUGUUAUUACUUUGUAGCCUGUUACCAUUGAAAGAAUGUAUCCUUAAUCCUUUUGGCUAUCUCAUUUGUUUCUCUUUAGACAGCUUUUUAGCUUUAUUAUAUUUUUUUUUAGAGUUAUAGUGACCAAAAGUGUACAUUGGAUAAAACCCCUGAAUACUAGAAAAGUUAAUGGUUUCUAAAAUAGUAGUUGUGCAUGAUUAGAUAGGAAUAAUGGUGGAGCAGAAAAUAGGAGCCUGGCUCCCUGACACAUGAACCAUAAAACUAGCACUCAACUACAGAACUUCACCAGGUUAUUACAAGAGAAAUCAACAAACAUUCUCAUUUAACCCACUGCUGUGUUGGGUCUCUACUGCAGCAGCUGAACCUACAACCUGAUAAAGGAAUGAAUAUGUGUAUUAGUUAGCUAUUGCCACAGUAAUGUUAUAUAAGAAACCAUCCCAAAUGCAGUGGGUUGGAAUAUCAAUUCUCACCAGACUACAAGUUGCCUAGCAUAGCUAAAUGCUAAUGCUCUUCUGGCUGGGUCAGCUCUGCUUCUCCCUGUUGUUCCACAGAUCAGCCAGGGCAGCUUUUGCCACGUGUGUUUGUUAUGGGACCCAGGCCAGAGGGGCAGCAGCUACCCAAGAAAAGCAUAAGAGGGCAACCAGAAACCCAUCAGGCCUCUUCAAGCCCAGGCACAGAACUGGCACACUUUCAUUUCUGCCCAUUCCACAGGCCAAAGCAGUUCACAUGGCCAAACCCUGUGCCAGGGGAUAGGAAGUAAAUGAGACCAGGCAAGGUUGUGGGUGCAGGGAGGGGUGGGGAAUUAGGGCCAGUAAUUCUACCUGUCCCAGGAUGUGACUGAGUCCUGCUUUGGAGGUCACACACCCCAGCUCCACACCUCUAGGUGUCACCUAUAAAUGGAGCAUCGAAAUGGAGCAUCGUGAACGUUAACGUCCAUCCAUGUGAAGGCUCACCACAGUUCUCUUGUUAGGUCUGGAACCCUGAAAAGGCAAGAAUCCCAUCUUCCUCCCCCAAGUGCCUAUUUCCAGGCCCUGCCCUCAGUAAUGACCCACAUUUCUGAGUGAAUUUUAAGCCGUUUCUUCAUUCUCCCUAUAUGAAUCCUUAUGAAAUCCAGACUGACCUUCUAAAGGUCAGCGCAUAGUGCUAUGUAUUUGCCCCAUAAGCUGCAAAGGGACUGUAACAUUUGGAACUGGGAUUUGUAUUGCAGAUCCAAUACCAAAUCUUGUACCCACUGCCACCCCUAGGGACGUCCAAAGGAAAGGUCUUACAGAAGGUAAACAUCAAAACAGGUUAGUGGAGUUUUUCCAGAGACCAUUUGAAGCUGGAAAUAUUCUCAUCACCUGAAAUAUCCUGAGGAAGGCUGACUAAAGCACCGCCCUAGUCAGGGCCCCCAUCAUAGCUCCCGUGGCUCCUCAGAGUCUCUUGGCCCCUCUCAUCAAGCACAAUGGGUCCCAGAAGCUCCCCCUUAAUUGCUGCCUCUCCCAGCCAAACGUUGCACGCUAAAGGAGAACCGCCUGCAGGGAGCCCUGUGAACCCGAAAGAGCGCUGCUCCCAUCACCACCGCAUUCCAGGUGUGGGCAUGUGGGCGGGAGAUGGAUCUCAGGGCAGCAACUCAGGAUCAGUCACUACCUUUAUCUGGUCAUGGUGGCUGUUUUCCGCGGAGACAAUGGGGAGGCUCCCUUAUUUACCUUUGAAUUAUAUCAUGUUUGUAUUAGGGAUUUAAAAUAAAAUUUAAAAAACAAAUUGGGUAUUAGGAGUCCCUAGAUAAGGUCACUUUACUACGACAGUGACUUCCCUGGAGACGGCUUUGCAAUCUGCCUGAAACAAAAUAAGUUAACAGAUAUUAUGAUUUCACAUUUAAUUUUUUUCACAGUUUAAAUUAUAGCUCCUGCCACCAUCUCUCUGCUCUUAUGAGCUCAUGGGCAACAGGGUGAAAUAAUAAGUAGCAAGGUGACAUUAAAGGGACAACUCAACCAACUGCAGUCCUGGUUGGCAGCAUUUUUGUUUUUCCUGGGAAAUGUAAGAUGAUUGUGAUUUUAUUCUGCAUGAAUAAACAUGACCAUUAGUA